AUGAUUGAGCACUCCAUUGCGUUUGUUAUAGGAAAAUUAGGCUCUCUGUUAUCAGAGGAAGCUGAUUUUCUUAGUGGAAUGAAAACGCAAAUUGUGUCUCUUCAUGAAGAACUUGAGUGGAUUAACUUAUUUCUAAGAGAUACUGAUGAAAAGCCGACGACGGCAAAGAAAUAUCGGGCUGAGGAUUACUCUACACUGUUUGGAAAUCAACUGGAGGACAUCAAAAGAAGGAUUGGAGAGAUUUCGGCCAACAAAUCCAAGUACGGGAUUGAAAGUUUUGAAACUGGAGAAACUUCAGCUCGUUUAGAUAAUGGCUUAGCACGAAAGAGAAGGAGAGAUACAGUGGAAGAAGAAGUUGACGUUGUUGGCUUUGAGGAAGAUAUUGAGGAGCUAGCGACGCUUCUAAUAGAAGAAGAGUCACAACAGCCUCUUCUUGUUUCCAUAGUGGGUACGGGUGGUUUAGGUAAGACCACCCUGGCAAAAAAAGUUUAUGAUGAGAUUGAUGUCAAGAAAACUUUCGAUUCUUGUGCAUGGAUUUAUGUCUCUCAAGAACACCAAUUAAAAGAUCUUCUCUCCAAGGCCAUAGCACAACUAAUGAUGCUCAAGAAGGAGGAGUUAGAAAAGAAGAAUGAGGAAGAUUUGAAGAAUUUGCUCUCUGGUUACUUGAAAGAACAGAGAUGCCUGCUUGUAUUCGAUGAUGUAUGGAGGAAAGAAUAUUGGGACACAUUAAAGUUGGCAUUUCUACCACAUCGGGAUGAGGGGAAGCAACAACGAGUGUUACUUACCAUUCGUAUUGUGGAAGUAGCCAAACAUGCUGAUCCAUUAACUGCUCCACAUCUACUAGCACCUUCGAGUGGUGAGGAGAGUUUUGAACUCUUCUCAAAGAAGGCACUGACAAAGAUGCAUGACCCUGAUGCCAUCCUAUGA